AUGGCCGCUCUAGACUCCUCUUCAGAGGCGGGGGGUCCGACGCCUGCCCCGCAGUUAGUGAACCAAAUCCUCGAUCCGCUCUCAGGGAUCUUUCGCUCCAUCUGGGACGUCUCUGCCGUCACUCCUCCCACGAAUCCUCCUACCGACACUGCUACAGCUUCGCACGCCAGCUCUGCACCACACAAAGGCACAGCUCCCGCAGCCCCACCCCCCUCGCAAUCUUCUGUCCCCAACGCGUACCCCUCUGGUCUCGGACAUCCCGCGAAUGCGGAUCUCGGCGGUCCUCUGCGGUUGGUCCCGUACAACCUUGCGAUCACCAACCACUAUCCCAACUCCUUCACGAUCAACCCAUACAAAUCUGUCGACCGACUUCCUAUGGGUUCAUUUUGGGCCCAAUGCUAUCCCCAGAUCGACGACGAGACCGAAUUCCAAGACGACCACGUUCUCCGUUAUCUGCAUCAAUUCUAUGUUGCUCCGAGUGUUGUAUACCAUACUAGCUGGAAAACGAACGUGAACUUCAACAAAACUUCUUUUUAUCUGCCCUUGGAAGGAGGUUUUGUGAAUCUGCCGCCUGUGCGAAGUAUCAGGAAUCAUGACACCGAAGUGAAACGUCAGAAGCGUCAAUCCGAGGGUGCAUCCCAGAAAAAGGGUGCUUCCCAGCUGUCGACGAAGUUGGGCCAUAUACUGCCAGAUGUCUGUCUAACAGGGUAUCUCAUUGGAAAGGUCGCGGAAGGGACGUAUCCAAAACAACCCGAGGGCGACAGAGUAUCGGUCCAUGACGAUAAUCCCCAAAAAGUCCUUUACGCUGCCCUCGAGAACAAGUGGGAACAUUGGCCAAAGGCGAGCGGUAUGGAACCGAAAGGCAAAAUCAAUCUACACCUCGACAGCCUCCAAUUCACAAACAUGGAGGCUAUCGCUCAGACAUCCUUCUACAGCCUACUAGCCUAUCACGUCUCAAAGUGUCGUUCGGCUAUGGCAUUGGUCAACGGGAAUUUUACUCGUAUCCUGAACCUGUCUCACCUGGGGCCAGAAGGAAAAGAGGUAGUUUUGGAGGGCGUGACUCUGGGAGGAGACGGUGGCCGGAGAAUCUUGGUCGAAGCCCAUCCAGAUGUUGUCGCCAAGUUGAGGCACCACAGACUUCCUUGCCUGUCCCCAGAGCAAUUUGGCGAACUCGCGGCAGGCGUUUCUUUUCUUGGCAUCCAGUGGAAAGCACCGAAUUCCCUCAUCGCAAAAUACGAGGAUUGGAGCUUGGACCCAAAGGCUAAGGAGCGCCUUGAUGCCACUGUAUAUCUGAACCUUGCCCUUGCUACCCAUCAUCCGGAGACCGUCCCAGAUCCUCCCAUCGACAACCGUUCCCUCGAGCACGUCAUCGACACGGAUACCUCCGAGGCAGUGGUGUCGUCUAGUAAAAGACAGAAAAGGGCCGAUGUCUCUGGACCGACCGAGUACUUGCCCCUCAGUCCUGCAAUGAUUGCAACUCCAUCACCCUCGCCGUCUUCCUUUUCGACAAUAUCCUCAUGUUUCGAGAUUGAACGUCCAGUCAGUGUAGAGGAAUGGUGUUUGUCUGUCAAACAGAAGGCUUCUGCCGAUGGUACGUUCAUUGAUACGGCCAUCCCUCCCAAUCCUGUCUUCUCCACCACUGCCGAGCAAGUCCUUCCCCGCGAAAACUGGACCCACGGAGACUACCUCGACCACUUCUCGAGGCUUGGCGUCACCUUUGUGCUGGCUACGCCCACGGAGGUAGAUGUGUUGCUCGCGCGGGCGGCAAAAUUUGGCUGGGGUGGAGCACUGGGCAGGGGAUAG